AGGAUAAAAAAAAAAAAACUAAGAGAGAUCGUCCUUACUCUGUUUUUCUCUGAGCGUUCAACAGACAUAGCCAAAACAAAGAAAAAGGAAAAGAAAAACUCAAAUGGUUUAUGUACUUUCAUUUCCAUUUUCAGUUCUCCAAUCACCAUCAACAGCUCCCUUCAAGUCUCGUCUUUAUCCUCUUACUCCUCCUUUACGACGUCGUUUCAACCCCAAACCAAACCUUCUUCUCUCUUUCCCUUCCUCUCCCAAACAACCACUUCAUUGUUCUUCCUCUUCCAUGCCCUUUCAACUCUCCUCUUCAUCUCAGUUGCAGGACAGUUUGUUGCAUUCGAGGGCAUAUUGGGUUAGUAAAACUAUAAUCGCAUGGAAUGUGGAUAUUGGGGAUGGUUCCUGCUACUUGUAUGCAAGUAAAAUUGCUGCUUUAUCUGUUACAGAUAAUGGAAUUCAAGGCUGCGAUGUGGAAAUUAAGCUUGAGGAAGAUGGCAAUGGGCUGCCUCCGAAUGUAAUUGAGAAGUUUCCUCAUAUUCGAGAUUUUAGAGCUUUCAAAGUGCCUCCUGCUCUGGAUGCCAAAAAUCUCCUCAAAUGUCAAUUAGCAGUUGCUGCAUUCAACUCUCAAGGAAAAUGCAGUAAAGCUACUGGUUUGCAGUUACCUGGUAUCCUGGAUGAAUUAUUCUCAUAUGAUGGUCCUCUUGGUGUACUUUAUUCGGGAGAAGUGAUGUCUCUAUACCUUUGGGCUCCCACUGCCCAAGCAGUGUAUGCUCACAUCUUUAAGGAUCCAGUGGGUGGGAGUCCUUUGGAAAUUAUCCCGUUGAAGGAAACUAAUGGUGUUUGGAUUACUAAAGGUCCAAAAAGUUGGGAAGGCUGUUACUACAUGUAUGAAGUAUCUGUCUAUCAUCCAAGCACCUUGCAUAUUGAAAAAUGUUAUGCAAAUGAUCCGUAUGCAAGAGGGCUUUCAUCUGAUGGAAGGCGAACUUUGUUUGUUAAUCUUGACACUGUCAGUUUAAAACCUGAAGGAUGGGAUGAAUUGGCAGACAAGAAGCCUGAUAUACUUUCUUUUUCUGACAUAAGCAUAUAUGAAUUACACAUACGGGAUUUCAGUGCCAAUGAUAACACUGUACGUCCCAACUUUCGUGGUGGUUAUAUGGCUUUCACCUUGCAGGACUCAGCCGGCAUGCUCCAUUUGAAAAAAUUAUCAAAUGCUGGCAUUACUCAUGUUCAUUUGCUGCCAACCUUCCAAUUUGCUGGUGUUGAUGAUGAGAAGGAGAACUGGAAGUAUGUGGAUUCUAAGAUUCUGGAGAAGCUACCCCCAGAUUCAGCUGAGCAACAACUGCAAAUAACUGCCAUCCAGAAUGAUGAUGCAUAUAACUGGGGGUAUAAUCCUGUUCUCUGGGGUGUCCCUAAGGGAAGCUAUGCAAGUGACCCAAAUGGUUCAUGCCGUAUAAUUGAGUUCAGAAAGAUGAUUCAGGCGCUCAACCAUGUUGGUCUUCAUAUUGUGUUGGAUGUUGUUUAUAAUCACUUGCAUGCAAGUGGUCCUUUUGAUAAGGAUUCUGUUCUUGAUAAGAUUGUUCCAGGUUACUAUCUGAGAAGGAACAUGGAUGGUUUCAUUGAGAACAGUACAUGUGUCAACAAUACUGCUAGUGAGCAUUACAUGGUCGAGCGCCUUAUUAUUGAUGAUCUUUUAAGCUGGGCAAUAAAUUAUAAGGUUGAUGGCUUUCGUUUUGAUCUUAUGGGUCACAUCAUGAAAAGGACGAUGGUGAAAGCAAAAGAUGCACUUUGUAGCCUAACAAAGGAAAGGGAUGGGAUUGAUGGUUCAAGAAUUUAUAUAUAUGGUGAAGGAUGGGACUUUGGUGAAGUUGCAAAAAAUGGGCGUGGGAUAAAUGCUUCACAAUUUAAUAUUUGUGGGACUGGAAUAGGAAGUUUUAAUGAUCGAAUUCGGGAUGCAAUGCUUGGCGGAUCUCCAUUUGGUCAUCCUCUCCAGCAAGGAUUCAUAACAGGCCUGUUGUUGGAGCCUAAUGGUCAUGAUCAUGGUACAAAAGCUGUUGAAAAAGAGAUGCUUGCUUCAGCAAAGGACCACAUCCAGGUUGGUAUGGCUGCAAAUUUAAGGGAUUUUGUGCUUACUGAUUUUGAAGGAAAAGAGAGGAAAGGAUCUGAAGUUUACACUUAUGGUGGGACACCGGUUGCUUACGCUUUAUGCCCCACAGAAACAGUCAAUUAUGUUUCUGCUCAUGACAAUGAAACCCUAUUUGACAUUGUCAACUUGAAGACUCCAAUGAAAAUAUCUGUUGAAGAAAGAUGCAGGAUAAAUCAUUUCGCAACAAGUAUAAUUGCAUUGUCACAGGGAAUACCAUUUUUCCACGCCGGGGAUGAAAUGCUACGCUCAAAAUCACUUGAUCGUGAUUCAUACAACUCUGGUGAUUGGUUCAAUAGGCUAGACUUCACUUACAAUUCUAACAACUGGGGUGUUGGCCUUCCUCCAAAAGAGAAAAAUGAAAAAAACUGGCCGUUAAUACAGCCAAGACUGGCAGAUCCAUCCUUCAAGCCUCAAAGGAGUCACAUUCUUGCAGCUGUAGAGAACUUUACAAAUAUCUUGCGCAUUCGGUAUUCUUCACCUCUUUUCCAUCUAAUGACAGCAAAUGCUAUCCAGGAACGAGUACGGUUCCACAACACUGGUCCAUCAUGGGUCCCUGGCGUCAUUGUGAUGAGCAUUGAAGAUGGUAACGAAGGUGUACCAGGGCUAUCUCAGUUAGAUCCCAUCUUUUCAUAUAUUGUGGUUAUCUUCAAUGGAUGUCCAACUGAGGCAUCAUUCAUUAGCCCUACACUGCGAGGAAGGACUCUUCAACUGCAUCCCAUACAGGCAAUGUCAACUGAUGAAGUAGUUAAGAACUCAUCAUAUGAAGCAUCCUCGGGGUACUUCACUGUGCCUGCAAGGACAUCAUCAGUGUUCGUUGAGCCGAGAAAGAAAUGAGCAGUAUGUGGUGCUGAAUUUCUUGUAGAACAUGCAUUUCAUGUUUGGUAAAAUUAAUUUGGUGCCUAGUUUUCUCCUUAUGCAGAGGCUUUUUGCUGCAGCAGCAUAAAAAAAUUGAAUAGACAUCUGGUAUAAUAAUGGGAUGCUUAGUGCAUUGAGAGGGUAGAAGGAUUGGUAUAUGACAAAGUGAUGAUUAAAGAUUUUGUUGUUGAGUUUGGAUACUGAUUUGUACAGAUGAAUGCUGAAAUCUUUCACCUUUAUAAUUGUGAAUUAUGCUGUUCUUUUCUAUUUUAUUUUUGUUAAUGUAAUGAAUGGUCCUUAAGUUAUAACAAAAUAUUCAAUGUGAUAUCUGAAUUUUAAAAAUUU